AUGUUCCGAGCAGAGGACUGCUUGGGAAACCUUCUUGCUAGGAUCCCCGCAGCCCUCAGGGGCCCCCAAGAUGGUAAAAUGCUGAGGGGCUUCCGGCCGCUGCCGGGCUACACGGGCCCCUGGGGGGAAUCUGAGGGGCCCCCGGCAGCCUGGGCGGCCCCCAAGGGCCCCCAGGGGGCCCCCUGGGGCCCCUGUGAGGGUAGUGCCCAAAAAGGGGCUUAUGAAGAGAGAGGGGAAACAAUUGUAAAAGGAGGGGCAAAAGAAUUGAAAGGAGACAGAGAAAAUUCAGAAUAA